AUGCACAGAGUUCUGUUCACAACUCGGGGGGGCCUGGAGCCCCUGCAGCUCAUGACCCCAGGUCGAGGCUCCUGCUUUGGAGCAGCCCCCAAUGUAGGCCUUUCCCGGGUCCCCUGCGAGCCCGCAGGGAACAGAAGAGAGAGGGGGCAGCGGGAGAGAGGAGCAGCCACGUUCCCCGGAGGCGCCGGAACGCAGGAGGCAAGAGGGCCCAUACCCGAAAGCAAGAGGGAAAGCGAGCGGCGGGGCGAGGGCGACCCCGCGCCGCUACCCACGGAAGAUUUAUGGCGCCGCCCGGGUUCCAAGGACAGGCUGCGCUCGCCGCUGCUGCCACCGUCGGGGCCCCCAGCAGCUGAUGACGGGCCUGGACACCCCCCCACCGCCAGGGGAACCCCACGGUGACCCAGGACCCUCAGCUUCGGGAGGACGCGCUCGCUGGGGACCGGCAGCAACUUUUCUGCCUGGAGGCUUUUAGUGGCUUCGAAGACGGCCGGGAUUCCUUCCAGCCCCUAAGAACCAGGACAGCGGGUCAGGAAGGAUACUCAGAGAGGAGAUCUCCCAAAAGAGGAAGCCCAGAGCCCCAGGAUCCCGCAUUUGGCCUGGGUGGGAAAGGCAUUUCUGAAGGAGGAAAGCUCAGGGAGGGGGCGACUGGAAGCGAAGAAGUGGCUCCUAAGAAACUUCCUUGAGAACCUCUCCAUCCCUCGCGCGGACCCCAGUGGAAACCAACUUUGGAGCGGCGGCAUGGAGGCUCUCACCACUCAGCUGGGGCCGGGGCGCGAGGGCAGCUCCUCGCCCAACUCCAAGCAGGAGCUGCAGCCCUACUCCGGCUCCAGCGCUCUCAAACCGAACCAGGUGGGCGAGACGUCGCUGUACGGGGUGCCCAUUGUGUCGCUGGUCAUCGACGGUCAGGAGCGCCUGUGCCUGGCGCAGAUCUCCAACACCCUCCUCAAGAACUACAGCUACAAUGAGAUCCACAACCGCCGCGUGGCCCUGGGCAUCACGUGCGUGCAGUGCACGCCGGUGCAGCUGGAGAUCCUGCGUCGGGCCGGGGCCAUGCCCAUCUCCUCUCGCCGCUGCGGCAUGAUCACCAAGCGCGAGGCCGAACGCCUGUGCAAGUCGUUCCUGGGUGAGCACAAGCCACCCAAGCUGCCCGAGAACUUCGCCUUCGACGUGGUGCACGAGUGUGCGUGGGGCUCGCGCGGUAGCUUCAUCCCCGCGCGUUACAACAGCUCGCGGGCCAAGUGCAUCAAGUGCGGCUACUGCAGCAUGUACUUCUCGCCUAACAAGUUCAUCUUCCACUCGCACCGCACACCCGACGCCAAGUACACACAACCCGACGCCGCCAACUUCAACUCGUGGCGCCGUCACCUCAAACUCAGUGACAAGUCUGCCACAGACGAACUGAGCCACGCUUGGGAGGACCGCGGACUUGGCCUGGCCACCGGAGCUGGCGGCCCGGGGGGCCCGGGAGGGCCUGGUGGCGGUGCCGGCGUACGCAGCUACCCGGUGAUCCCAGUGCCCAGCAAAGGCUUUGGCCUUUUGCAAAAGCUGCCCCCACCACUUUUCCCGCAUCCUUACGGUUUCCCCACCGCCUUUGGCCUAUGCCCCAAAAAGGACGACCCGGUGUUAGGCGCGGGCGAGCCUAAGGGCGGCUCCUACGUGUCAGCCUUCCGGCCGGUGGUCAAAGACGCCGAGAGCAUUGCCAAGCUCUACGGUAGCGCCCGCGAGGCCUACGGCCCUGGGCCUGCUCGGGGGCCGGGACCGGGCACGGGGACCGGCGGCGGCUACGUGAGUCCGGACUUUCUGAGCGAGGGCAGCUCCAGCUACCAUUCUGCCUCUCCCGACGUGGACACCGCGGACGAGCCUGAGGUGGACGUGGAGUCGAACCGCUUCCCCGACGACGAGGGCGCGCAGGAUGAGAUCGAGCCCAGCGCGCCCAGCGCGCCCAGCGCGGGAGGUGGCCCAGACGCUGGCCGGUCCCCAUUCGGGGACUUGGCGGCGGAAGACGUGGUGCGGAGACCCGAGAGGAGCCCACCGAGCGGCGGCUACGAGCUGCGAGAGCCUUGCGGGCCCCUGGGAGGCCCCGUGCCGGCCAAGGUGUACGCGCCCGAGAGGGACGAGCACGUGAAGAGCGCGGCGGCGGCGCUGGGGCCGGCGGCCUCCUACCUCUGCAGCCCCGAGGCCCACGAGCCAGAUAAGGAAGACAAUCAUUCGACCGCCGACGAUUUGGAAACGAGGAAAUCCUAUCCAGACCAAAGGAGUAUCUCGCAGCCAAGUCCUGCAAAUACAGACCGAGGCGAAGAUGGCUUUACCCUGGAUGUCACAGGAACUCAGCUGGUGGAGAAAGACAUUGAGAACCUGGCCAGAGACGAAUUGCAAAAACUGCUCCUGGAACAAAUGGAACUCCGCAAGAAACUGGAACGAGAAUUUCAGAGUCUCAAAGAUAAUUUUCAGGAUCAAAUGAAGAGGGAAUUGGCUUAUCGAGAAGAAAUGGUGCAACAGCUGCAAAUUGUCAGAGAUACCCUGUGUAACGAGCUCGACCAGGAGCGGAAGGCGCGCUACGCCAUCCAGCAGAAAUUGAAAGAAGCCCACGACGCCCUGCACCACUUCUCCUGCAAGAUGCUGACGCCCCGCCACUGCACUGGCAACUGCUCCUUCAAGCCCCCGCUGUUACCCUAG